UCGGACUUCAUGUAGAAGAUAUUUUGAAUUGGCGAUCGUCGUUCAUAAUCAUUUGUUGCUUGGACUUAUUUGAAGUGGGAAAUACGUUUACUGUUUAAGCACCCGGUGUAUGCUUACGGAACUUGAAAUUAAAAAAAGUGGAAAAUCGUUGUUUAUUCAAUUAAUUUUAGUGGUAACCAUUGAAAAUUUGUUUAUAGUGCCUUUAAUAUGUAUGUUACUGGAUUGUGUAAAUGCUAUAUUAAAAAAAUGGAAGCAAGCAAAACACGGAUUAUGGUGGCAAAGCUAUGAAUCACACUGCAGCAGUAAACUUCUUGACAACAUUUCUUGGAAAGCCUAGCUUAUACACACAUACAUAUGUGAAUCAUAUCAUUUCGGAAUUAUUCAUUUAAUCCGUUUCAAAGGGAGCGUAUUUUCAAUAUUGAUCCGGAACAGUGUUAAACCGGAUUUAUUAAUGAUUAUUUGAAAGUAGUUGAAGCUGUGACGAACUAUUUAUAACAUCGUAAUUAUCGGUAAUUGAGAUUAAGGAUAACUGUGGAAAAGUGUACGAGUAUAUUAUUAACAACAUGUUAAAGAAAAAUUUUGGUGUUCUGAUAGUGGUGUUGUCUGAUUUACAUAAAUGUGAAUUGAUAAAAUAAAUAUUCCUACUGUAUAAAUAUAUAAUUUCAGAGAUAAGGACAAAAAAAGAGAUUUAAAAAUUAAGUUUUGGUCCACAUAUAUGUAUGUGUACACAUAUGUUAUAUAUUAUGGAGAGUUAAUGCAAAUAAUGAAAUUAGUGCUUACAUACGAGUACAAUUAUGAAGAAAUACACCUAGUAUCGACCACACAAGGACGCAUUGCACAAAGGAAAAAUUUAUUAGUGAUUUGAAUGGCUCUUAUGUUGAGUUACUCUCUCAUAGAGCAUCCUUAUGGGAACAGUGAAUUAAAAUUUGUAAAACCUUUUAUAUUAUUCGAAUAUUUCCAAAGCCGCAACCAAAAUAUCCAAAUGCAUGAAUAUGACCGGACAGAGGAAAGUGACGAAAAAACACAAAAGGUGCAAGCCCGCGUGGAAGAAACGAAAAGUUGUGACCCAUCGGUGAGCAAUUUAGUAGUAUCUGCAGUGGUGCAUAGUUCGCACUCAUGCACAAAAAACCGACGUUCUAGUACCACUAGCACCAGUAAUACUGAUAGUGACACAAGUACAAGUACAACAGAUAGCACAAGUGAUAGUGACAGUAAUAACAGUCUUGGUAGUUCUAACCGUAUUGAGAGUGAUGCAAUUCAUUGCAGACGUCUUCAUGGUGACCAAAAUGUCUCACACAGUGACCAUUUUCCUAAUAUGACUAACGAGCCCCGAUCUAUACCCACUGAAUCAAAUUCGCCAUGCGCAUUACCAAAUCAUGUCGGCGGCCAAGAUAAAGAAUCGCUAACUAGCGUAAACCAAGUUGGAGGAGAUGGUGGAAGAGAGAGUAUAACCAUAGAAGUAAAUGAAGCUUGUAACGAUCCUUUCAAAUCGCCAGUGGUUGAAGUGCCCCUAGACCCCCAUGCUUGGAAUGUUGACCACAUCACAAGCUGGGUCAAAUGGUUAACUAAGCAAUUCAACAUUGAUCCCGAGCCGGACAUUGCACGUUUUCCAACCAUUGGUUCUGAGUUAUGUGAGCUAAGUAGAGCAGAUUUCUGGGUUUGUGCAGGAUCGCGCCAAGGAGGCAUAGUCCUAGCAAAACAUUUUGCCUUAACACUGUAUAAUGCAACUGGACGUGAGACAAGUCCGAUGCUAAACGAAGAUGAGCCAAAUCCCUAUCAGCUACUGAAUGCCGCAUCCCAUCGGUUGGUUGCACAGGGCUCUGGACAGAUCCAAUUGUGGCAAUUCUUACUUGAACUUCUUUCCGAUUCGUCAAAUGCAAAGUGCAUAACAUGGGAGGGCACCAAUGGCGAGUUCAAGCUCAUCGACCCUGAUGAAGUUGCUAAGCGCUGGGGAGAACGAAAGGCAAAACCAAAUAUGAACUACGACAAACUCAGCAGAGCUUUAAGAUAUUACUAUGAUAAAAACAUAAUGACUAAGGUCCAUGGGAAACGUUAUGCGUACAAAUUUGACUUUCAUGGUUUGAUGGCAGCAUGUCAAGCGCAGGCACAGGGUUGUGAUGCUACGACUAGUAUGUUGAGUUCCUACAAACAUCAUCAUCAUCAUCAUUCACCCUCCAUGGGGCUUCCGCAUCAUCAUUAUUCCAACCUCCAAUCGGAUCUCACCUCGGCCUCUUCAUCAUCGAGUAUUGGCUUUCUAUCGCCAUCUACGGCAUCUAUACCUUCGCCAAUUGGAAUUUCGAGUUCACCCAACAUUGGUUUGGGAAACCAAGCACAUAUUAAUGCAACAAGUACAAAUUUAUUGCAGCAACAAGAAUCAGCGUUAACUACAAUCGUAAAUCCAACAUCCCCAACAUCCUUAUCAUUGCAACCACCAGCGCUGGCACGUCUUUCCUCGACGGUGACUGAGAGCACAACCGAGAAUAACAGCAAUACUGUUAGUGGAAACAAUAGUAAUAACAGUAGUAGCACAUCCGUUUUGGCGCGCCCGCCCCCAUACUGGCCAUAUUCGCCUGGUUCUUUCGAUCCUCGUCCACCACCUAAUACAUUUAAUUAACUCGUAAAAUUAUGUAUAAAUUAAUGUAUAUACUUAACAGUUGACUUAAGGCAUAUUUGUUAUGCAUUUAAAAGAUGCAAGUUUCUACCUACCACCCGCAGCGUUAUGUGAUGAACCUUUCCCCGGUUAGGAAAUAGGAAAAUAAUUGGUAUGCAUUUAUGUGAACAUGUAUAUACUUUUAUAUAAGCACACAUGUUCAGGCAUGUAUUUACUCUCAAAACUGCGUAAAGGUAUUAGAGAAAUAAUUACACAUGCCCUGCAUACACAAUUUAAGUGUAUGGCACCGGCACAGACGAAACUAGGUUUAAUGUGGAUAAUCGCAAUGCACAGUUAGAAACACACAUUUAUAAAUAUAUACCACUACCAGAGGUAACUAAUAUAACACUAAUUUAUAGAUAGUUGUAUAUAUCUAUAGCAGCACAAAUAAAUAAUAUGAACGUUGUUUGGGCUAGGAAGAAUAAGCAAAAGUGAGUGGAAUGCCAAUAAGAUAGAAGAAGUCUGCUCUGACCUCGCUCAAAUGUUAAAUUCUCUAAAAACAAAGUAGUGUUCUCGAUCAGGUGAAAUAGAAUAUGUCCGUAACAGUCAAGUUUCGGUCCGAUCCCGUUUUAGUCACGAUCAGUCGGAAAGAAAUGUUUAUUUGAGGGAGAUCGAACUUGGAACGUUUGGUUGGCAGCGUGUAUGCUAUUCUUCUUCUUUACGUCUAUUUCCCGUGCUAACCGGCGCCAGUUGUAAACACCAAGUGAAACCAAGUCCUUCUUCACCUGAUGUUUCCAUCGUUCCUCUUUCUCUGCUACCACCAGCAUCGAAUACUUUCAGCGCCAGAGCAUUUGUAUCCAUUCGGACGGUAUGACCCAGCCAACGUAGCCAAUGGAUGUCUAUGUCGUCGUAAAGAUCAUACUGCUCAUCAUUCCAGCACCUGCGAUACUCGCCAUUGCUAACGUGCAAAUGUCCAAAAAUCUUGCGCAGAAUCUUUCUCUCAAACACUCCUAGUGACGCCUCAUCGGAUGUUGUCAUCGUCCACGCUUCUGCGUCAUACGACAGGGCGAGCAUGAUUAGAGCCUUGUAAAUUAUUAGUUUACAGCUCAAUUGCCUACAUAGUCCACUGUAGCACUUGUUGGCAAGAGAGAUUCUUCGUUGGAUUUCAAGCCUGACAUUUUUAUCGGAGUUAAUGUUGCUUCCUAGAUAAACGAAAUCUCUUACAACGAAAGAAAUCAUAACUGUCAACAGUGACCCACGAUAUGCGGGUACUGUCAACUGUUUGUUUCAUAACAGGAGGUAAUUCGUUUUGUCCUCAUUCACCCAUUCGCUAUGCUUCUUUAUCCAGUUCGGAAAAGUUAGAACUAACAGCGCGGUUGUUGAGGCCGAUGAUAUCAAUAUCAUCAACAUACGUCAACGCUGACGUAUGCUCCUAUAAAAAACUUUGCCUGAGCAAUUAAGUUCUGCAGCUCACACCGUCUUUUCCAGCACCAGUUUAAAGAAGUCACAUGACAGCGAGUCAGACAUCACGGCAAUAUAGCUUUGAAAUCGAAUAAAGGAUGGUGUGAGUCGAUUCUCCUUUCAUGGGUAUCUUCCAAGACUUGGCGUAUUGUGCAUUUUGGUUGGUGGUGGAGUUUCCAGAUCCAAUCAGUUGGUUGAUGGUGGGCUUGAGCCUUUCACACAAUACGUUCGCUAGAACCUUAUACGCGAUAUUUAGAAACUAAUCCCGCGGUACUUGGCACAGAUUGCAGUAUCACCAUUCUUGCAUAUUGGGCAGAGCACACUCAAAUUCCAAUCGGCAGGCAUCUGACCAUAUUUCGAAUAGGAGCUGGUGCUGCACCUUAUCAGCUUCUCCCCAUGUUUGAAUAGCUCAGCCAGCAGUCCGUCGGCACUCGCGGUUUUGUUGUUCUUUAGCGGCGUUAUAUCUAUUCUCACCUCUGGUCGGGUAGCGGAACGAUAGUCCCGUUCUCAACAAUUGGGGUAUCGAGAUCUUCAUAUUAUCUAUGACAUGCGCAAUUGUCAUUAUUUAGCAGGUUUGAGAAGUGUUCCCUCCAUAAUUCAAGCAUGCUCUGGUUGUCAAUCACCAGAUCACCGUUUUUGUUCCUACAGGAAACCGCCCCGGUCUUGAAACCUUCUGUAAGCCGCCGAACUUUCUGGUAUAAUUUUCGGACGUUUUUCCUGUUGGCCAGCAUCUCAAGCUCUUCGCACCCACGUAUUUCGGUAUCUCGUUUCUUCCUUCUGUCAAUACGUCUCUCUUCUUUUUUGAGAUCCUAGUAGCGAUCACACAUGGCUCGCGUUGGUCUCCAUCGCAGCGUGGCUCUAUAGGUAGCAUUCUUUCUUUUCGCGGCAGCAUGACAAUCCUCGUCGUACCAAUUGUUUUUUCGGAGAAAUAUAACGAGAAAUAUGGUUCCAUUGCUCGUGCAUGCCGGAUUUUAGGUAGUAGAGUAGAAUGGGGUAAGAUAGGUAUGGGGGCACAAUAGGUAGGUGGGGUUUUCGUCGCACUGUUUUUGCAGAGGUCACUCGUCUUAUGUGAAUUGAAUACGUGGUGGGGAACAACGUUUGCGACUGUCAUUUCGGCCGUCACCAUUCAUUAGUUAUCCUAGUUCUGGCGUCGUUUAGUUUUUUGUGAGCUUUUCUCCGACAUAGCAUUUUUUUUAUUCUACGGUGCAGUGCAUUUAAUGUAUGUAAAUAUUUGUCAGGUGAGUUUUAUUUUACGUAGAAAAUAAUGCUGAACACGAAUAAUGUGUUAGUUUUUUGAUAUUAUUGUUUUAAAAAAAAAUAUCGACACUAACAUAAAACAUGUGCUUGGGGGCCCUAUAGGUCAGCCGUCUGGGGGCAUUAUAGGUCACUACUUUUAAUUGAAUAAAAUAAAUUUUAAUUGUUUUUUCAGCAAAAUGGUGCGUAAUUAUGUGCGAAAAACGCCGAAACGAAAUGAAGAGGAUGUAAAAAACGCAAUCGCGGCAGUCCGAGAUGGCGCUAGUGUUCGAUCAGCCUCUAAACAAUUUAAAAUUCCGUUCGAAACAUUACGUGCUCGCGUGAUGAAUUAAAGAAAAAAUCCUAACUUUUAUAACAUGUGCAGUGUUCAUACUCUAUAAAUAAAAGUUAAAACGUUAAUUUCCAAGCCAUGUACAUUGUUCUUUUCCUCUCACACAUAGUGACCUAUCGUGCCCCCCGAUUUUGAAAAUAUCGAAAAAAAGUACCUUUGUCUUAUUGAAUGCAGCUUCCAAAAAAUAUUUAGCCAAACAUAAGUCAGUAUAACCAAAAUGUUAGCAGAUAAAUAACCUUUCAAAAUCUUGCUUAUUUUUCAAAAUCAAUGCAAAAACACCGUAGCAAGAGCUCUCCAAAAAAAAAUGACCUAUCUUACCCCAUUCUACUCUACUCUCCGAGAGCAGGAGUGAGUGUCGAGUGGCGAAUUUUCUGGUUGUCUGUUGCGAUUGUAGCUUUCCGAUGACGAACAUUCUUUGUGUAGUUAGAUGUACGUUUUUUGCUGCACAAAGGCGUGUGCGUCGUUUGGCUGCAACAAGAUAGUCGAUGUCGAGUCCUCGGCUCCUACGUACAUUUAAAACACUAGAAGCGUGUCUUCCAUCUAUCAUAACAUGAUCGAUUCGGUUUCGCGUUUUUCAAUCAAGAAACAGCCACGUAGCUUGGUGUAUUUUUUUAUGCUGGAAUUUGGUGCUGCAGACUACCAUAUUUCGAGCCACGGCGAAGUCGAUCAGAUUCUGUCAGUUGCUGGAUUUUUCGUUGUGAAACAGAGUUUUCCGACAGUGGGACCAAAAAUUCCCUCCGUGCCGACCCUGACACUGAAGUCGCCAAGCACGAUUUUUAUGUCGUGAUGGGGGCAGCGGUUAUACAUAGAAGGAAUAUUUGAUAGGAUCGUCCUUCUCUUCCAUCAGGGCGUGGGCGAAAAUGAGCGAGAUGUUGAAAACUGUCGCUUUGAUGCGGAUUAAUGCGAGACGCUCGUCCACCGGAAGAAGACAGUACUGAACGACAGUACUUGGCGAUGAAGUCUCUCUCCCACUAUAAGUCCAACACCGAAUUUACGCUUUUUACAUGACAGCUGUAGGAGAGGUCGCAAGGUCCAAUUCUCUUCUUGCCUUGCCCAAUCCAUCGCAUCUCUCGAAUGGCAGUGAUGCCAGCCUUUACUCUCACGAGGACAUCAACCAGUCGGGCAGAGGCACCUUCCUCAUUAAGGAACCGGACAUUUCAGUUGCAUGCCCUCAAAUCAUAGUUCUUAGUUCGUUUGCAGGGGUCGUCAUCAGAAUAAGACGUCCUCAUCCGAGCUUUUGUUGUCGUUUUCAUUGGGGAAGAAUUUUUACGUGGCGGGUCCUAAACCCAGCACACAACCAGAUAUUCUGGGAUGCUUCGCCUUCUCACAUUAGCUCGCCCUCUCUCUGAAAUUGUUAGCUGCUUUGACCGUACACAGAGGAAUCGUCCAAUCCACUCCCAAGUGAAUGUCAAUUAGGACUUUCCCCACUUGUGUGGACUUCUCCAAUCUCAUCGGUAUUAUCGUAUUAUAAAACUGAAUCCUGAACUGAGUCUUAUCAUAUAAUGCAAUCAGCACAACAUCUUACUGGACCGAGAACGAACUAUAAUCGGCACUAUGGACCAAUUUGUUGAUGCCGUUCCCCAAAAAUCGCCUGAUCUGGUGUCAAAGAAGUUGUUGAGCCAGUUUUUAACAACCUCUUUGUUAUCGAAGGCAACGGAAGGAGCGAAAAAGAUGGUAAUCGGUUGGUACAAGGCCCGGAGAAUACGGCGGAUGCUGAAGGAUCUCCCAUUCGAGCUUUUGGAAUGCGGCUUUGACGACUUGUGCAAGAUGGGGCUCCGCGUUGUCGUGAAGGAGUAUGGUUUGACCAAGUCGAUCAGGUCUUUUCAGUCGAAUAGCCUCAUUGACGUGGUAUAGCUCACCAAUGUAGAGCUUCUUGUUAACCGUGUCGAGCAGAUCCGGCUUGACUCUCGGCUUUGGCGUAUCUCCUGGAGUCACCCACUUCUUUCUUUGUUUCAUAUUGAUUAUAAGCAUCAUUUCUCAUCUCCCGUGAUAAUUCGUUACAAAAAGCGCUGUUUUUGACCGCUUGUUGCUCGAUGGUGGGCGAGAUGCUGAGAAGCAAUUUGAAGGCGACUUUUUUAAUUUUUUUCGUUGAGCUCGUGAGGCACCCACCCUCCCAAUUUUUUGGUAAAUCCAUUGAAUAAAGAAGAUUGUAUAAUGGAGAUAAUAUAAAUAUAUUUCUCAAAUUUUUAAUAUGUUUAUUACAAGCCUCUUAGUUAAAACCAGUUGCACAAAAUGUAUCUAUCAUACUUAUGUUGAAAACAGUGACCGACGUAAACGCAGUCCCCUGUCAGCUGUUACGAUCAAACUAAUGAGAACCCCAUGUAAAUGAAAAAUUACUUCCUUCCGUAUCGUGCAGGAUUUUUGGAAAUUCCCGUAGUACCCUGUCAGCUGAUUGGUCUCUCACCACACAGUGUUGCCAAGCAGUACAUUUCGAAAUCAUUUACAAAAACAAAUACACACAAACCGAUGUAUUGUGUAAAUAUGUAACUAAAAGAACGCAGUUGCUCCCUACGGGAUGAGUUUUACUCCAUUUUGUGUUCGUUAGGGGCAGCGGUAAGAGACUACGUACGUCGGUCACUGUUUUCAGCAUUAUAUGUACAUACAUUCAGAGGGUGCGUUGCCGCUAUUAUUCGGUGGUCGAAGUCUCUUAAACUUUGUACGUACAUUUUUUCUACACAUUUGCAAAGAAAGUGAGAAGCAAAGUUUUGUAUAUCAUUUUAAAUAAAGUAACAUGAAUAAUCUCAUUUCCAUUUAUUAAAUUUCCGAUCUCGCGUUACCAGAACUGAAAAAAUUUGCUAAUUAUCACCACGGUAAAUCGGUACGAAUAUAUUCGGUAAUAUUUGUUGUUACAUAUUAAAAACUUGAAUGUUAACGGAACUGGUCAAAAUAUUGUAAUAGUAAGAAAAGAACUAGUUGUACAUAUGAACCCCUUUACGCGAAAUUAUCGUAGAGCGUUGUUUCCACUUUUCUGUGUUUUUGCUUACAAAUUUAAAAAUCAAACUUUACAUGUGUUUAGAUAAUUAACUGAUAUACUAAAAAACCUAAACUCACAGUUUUCCCGUUGAAGAAGUUUGUAUUUGUCCGGUGCAAACCCGAUUUUUUAGCACGAAAAUUUCGCUCACAACUUUUAUUAUAAGUGUGUUAGCAGAAAAUGGCACUUACUUGUGAUCUUAAAUCUUAGUGAAAUUAAUUGAAAAAAUAAGCAUUCAGUAUAAAGGUUUUAUUCCAUAUUUUUUAUAAUUUUAAGAUGCAUAAAAUAAAAUUAAGCAGAAGAAAUGAGUAACAAUUUGUUAUCAAUUUAAAAACUAUUAUUUAAAUAUAAAUAAUUUAGUCUUUGUCGUAUCUUUCAAUUAUCGAGGCUUUUACUAUUGAAGAAUGUUUUAAAUAUAAAUACUCAUUGUGAUAUUUUGAUGAACACUUAUUUUUAAGCAAAAGGCUACGUCCUACUUCUACUUCUCAUUUGAAAAAGAAAUAUGUAGUAAACUCAACUAUUAUGAACAAAAUAUUUUUAUAUGGCCCAUACGAUAAUUUCAACCAUUAGAAAAUAUAUAUAUAACUAUAAGGAUUUCUGCUAUUAUAAUUAAACAGGGGAUGCGUUGUGGAAUGUAGAAUAAAUUUGCAUCAAAAAGUCAAUUUGUAAAAAAUGCCACGUACGAUAAUUCGCGCAAAGCGGUCGUAUGUUAAAAAUAGUUUUAGGAGUAACAGUUAUUUAUUUAAAUUCUUGUGUAUUAGUACAUUUUUUAGCUUAGUACGUAUUAGUACAAUAAAUGACAAAAUGUCGAAUUGCUUCGUACUUAAGUUUUUAUUAGUAAUUUUAAUUAAUAAAUAUGUUCCGUUUUGAAGAUAUUUCGAUGUAAUACAUACAUAAAAAUAAAUUUGUUAAAAUUCCUAAAAAUAUAAAAAUAGAAAUUUAAUCCAUUUGCAUUAGUCAAAGACGGUUUUUGAUUCCGGCGCAGAUUCGAGGGAUUUACUGCUGUGUUUGGGAGUUGAAACUUUAAAUAUUGAUGGAGAUGGGUUUUUAU